CCUUACCAAACCCCGCCUCCGCACAUACCCUUCGUAUAAUAAGAAUUAUGAAAGAACCGUAGCAUUUUGAUUGGCCGCUCUUUUUUCUUUUUAUACAACCGAAGCAGAAAAAUCGACCGAGGUUUCGCUUUCCCUCGAUACUUUGUCUAAGCUCGCAACAGAGAGUGAGGGAAAAAUGACUCUAUCUGAGGAUGAAAUCAAGAGGCUUUUCAGAAUCCGAAGAACAGUGAUGCAAAUGCUCAAAGAUAGGACCUAUUUAGUUACGGAUUCUGAGAUCAAUAUCACAAAGCAUCAGUUUACUUCGAAAUAUGGUGACAACAUGAAGAGGGAAGAUCUUGUCAUACAUAAGUCUAAGCGCGAUGGCUCUGAUUCGAUUUAUGUUUUCUUUCCUGAGGAACAAAAGGUUGGUGUUAAGACAAUGAAGACUUAUACCAAUCGCAUGAAGUCUGAGAAUGUUUUCAGGGCAAUAUUGGUUGUUCAACAGAGCUUGACGCCAUUUGCUCGAACAUGUAUAGCUGAGAUAGCUUCAAAAUUCCACUUGGAGGUCUUCCAGGAGUCCGAACUAUUGGUUAACAUCAAAGAGCAUGUUCUUGUCCCUGAGCACCAGGUGCUUACAAAUGAAGAGAAGAAAACAUUAUUGGAGAGAUACACCGUGAAAGAAACACAGUUGCCUCGUAUUCAGAUUUCUGACCCAAUUGCUAGAUAUUAUGGGCUGAAGCGUGGGCAAGUUGUGAAGAUUAUCAGGCCAAGUGAGACUGCAGGACGAUAUGUUACCUAUCGAUAUGUUGUAUAAAUACAUUCUUUUAUCUGUAGGAUUUUACUUGUAUUAGGGUUUGGAACCUGUGCUCUAUUCAUGGUUUAGUCAAAAUGGCAAAAGCAACCUCAAGAGAUAGGAAUUUGCCACUUGGGAUGUUGAGAAAUUGACGGUGCUCGUGUAGAAUGCUUUUUCUGGAUCCCUGAUCCAUUGAUGUUUCUGUACUCCUUGGUGCGUAUACUGCCAUAAACUUGUGCUAAUUUUGUUGCCUGAUGUCUCUUAAAAGAUUUAUAAUGAGAGCGCCUUGAGAAAUUAUUUGAGUCA